AAACAACAACUACCAAAAACAAAGGGGAGUAGAAGAACUGAUUCAUCCCUGUUCAAGGUGGAGUAAAACAUCAAAAUACUAAAAAAAAUACAAUGGAUUUGAAUUCUUCUCCGUCCAACAACACAAUUGCUGUGAAUGGAACAAUCCCAGUUGCUUCCACCUUCGCCAGCGCCACCGCGCCUAUGGAGAAUCCUCUGCCGGCGAAGGGUUCAGGGGAUCGGAAACCCAUUGCUCUGUGGCCGGGGAUGUACCAUUCUCCGGUGACCACGGCUCUGUGGGAGGCGCGGGGCCAGAUUUUCGAGAGGCUUCUUGACCCUCCGAGGGACGCUCCUCCCCAGAGUGAAUUGCUCACCAGAACUCCCUCGCAGAGCAGGACCAGCAUCUUGUACAAUUUCUCCUCUGAUUUUGUGCUCAGAGAGCAAUAUAGGGAUCCCUGGAAUGAGGUUCGAAUUGGGAAGUUGCUUGAAGAUCUUGAUGCCCUGGCUGGAACUAUUUCUGUCAAGCACUGCUCUGAUGAAGCUAGCACAACAAGGCCACUUAUAGUUGUCACUGCUUCUGUCGACAAGAUUGUACUAAAGAAACCAAUUAGUGUUAACGUUGAUCUUAAAAUAGUUGGUUCUGUUAUAUGGGUUGGACACUCCUCAAUAGAAAUUCAACUGGAGGUUACUCAGUCCAAUGAAGAGGGCAAAGAUUCAGACUCAGUAGCACUGACAGCCAACUUCAUAUUUGUUGCCCGAGACUCUAAAACUGGGAAAGCUGCUCCAGUGAAUCGACUUUCGCCAGAAACUGCUCAGGAAAAAGUUCUUUUUGAACAAGCUGAAGCAAGAAGUAAUUUGAGAAAAAGGAAAAGAGGAGGAGAAAAGAAAGAGUUUGAGAAUGGGGAGAAAAAUAGACUUAAGGCCCUUUUGGCUGAAGGAAGAAUCUUUUGUGACAUGCCAGCUUUAGCUGACAGGGACAGUAUUCUUCUAAAGGAUACCAGUCUUGAGAAUGCUCUGAUAUGCCAACCACAGCAAAGGAACAUCCAUGGUCGAAUAUUUGGAGGUUUCUUGAUGCAUCGUGCAUUUGAAUUGGCUUUCUCAACAGCAUAUGCCUUUGCUGGAUUAGUUCCUUACUUUCUAGAAGUUGACCAUGUUGAUUUCCUAAGACCUGUUGAUGUAGGGGACUUUUUGCGUCUCAAAUCUUGUGUUCUGUACACGGAGGUUCAUGAUCCAGAUCAGCCACUUAUCAAUGUUGAAGUUGUUGCUCAUGUUACACGGCCUGAGUUGCGUUCUAGUGAGGUAUCAAAUACUUUCUAUUUCAGUUUCACAGUACGUCCAGAAGCAAAGGUGACAAAAAAUGGAUUUAAACUUCGAAAUGUGGUGCCGGCGACGGAGGAGGAAGCACGCCGUAUAUUAGAGCGCAUAGAUGCUGACAACUUGAAUGAAUUCUUCAGAACAUAAGAAGAAAAACAACAAUUAGCAAAUAAAGUAUUCGAGUUAUCCACCCUAGUUAUGUGAGCAGAGAAAUGAAAAGAUUAGCUUUUAUACAAUAAGUUUUUCUGCCCCCAUGUUAGAGGGCACUGGUGUGCCUUUUAUGUCUAGCAUCACAUGAUUUCUUAGAAGGGAAUUGGUGUUAGACAAGUAUAUGAAUCUGAAUUCUGUAGGCACCUGUUGUGCAAGUAGUAUGAGGAAAACAUUGUUAGUUAAGUUAAUGAAAGAAAUUGUAGAAUGAGUUGUGUACAAUCAAUGAUGGCUAUAGUCAUUUGUUAUGCAUAUGAAGCAAAUUAUAUUAUUACUUCUUAGAAGUCUCAUUGUA